CUUUGUACGCAUCGAAGCGCCUUCGCAAAAAAACAAAAAAACAAUAAGAAAAUGUCUCCGGGCUGCAACAAAGAUUGAGCCUUGGAAACCCAGGCCUCAUCCCAGAAUGACGUCUUCCGCACUGGCUUCCGCCACGGGUGCGGCCGGCCGGUCCGUCGCCCGCAUCCAGCGUCACCAGCUCCGUGCAACCUCCGCCGCCGCAGCUACAUCCCGGUCCAUAACACCGACAACAUUGGCGCACUGCAGCCGCAUGCCGAGGCAAUUUCACAGUUGGCAGGCCAGGCGCACAUCUUUCGCACCCCGUCGCUUGCAAUCUGUGCAAAACACACUCACCACCACCGCCACCACCCCGAUCCCGGCCCCGGCUCCGGUGGCUAGCCGCCGCCUCCAUUCCACGACUACCGCCAAACCCGCCCAUCACACGUCUAAAGAGGCAUCCUUCAUAAGCCCUCGGUACCUCCCCCUCCUCGUCCUCCUCGCGGUGGCCGGCGUCGCCUGGGACUCCCAAUGGCUCUUCCCCUCCACGCCCGCCUCCGCCGACCCGGCCGAGCAGACUGUCCUCGGGUCUGCCCGCAGGUUCGUCCCCUUCGCCGUCGUCGCCCGCGAACAGGUCUCUCCGACCUCCUUCAUCCUGACCCUCAAAGCCCCCGCAAACAAGCUCCCCAGCGUCGCCUCCCUCUGGAACGUCUUUGAUCUGUGGUGCGUCGAGGUCAAGCAGCCCCAGAUCCAGGUCGCGCGGGAAUACACGCCCCUUCCUCCCCCGCCGGACGCGGCAGCAGACGAGGACGACACGCUGAGGCUGUACGUCCGCGCCGUACGAGGCGGCGAGGUGUCGACGUAUCUCAGCCGCCUGUCGCCGCCUUCUCCGGACGGCGCCAUUGCGGGGGACACGGUCGAGCUCCGCGGCCCGCAUGGCGAGUUCGACCUGGGCUCGCGCCUCGGCGGACGGGGCGACCGCGUCGUGUUCCUCGCGGGCGGCACGGGCAUCGCCAGCGCCCUGCAGGCUGCCCACGCCGUGCUCCCGCUGCCCCAGGCGCCGUCGAUGACCAUAUUCUGGGCCGUGCGUAGCCGCGACGAGAUUCACCGGGGCGGCGGGAGCUCGUCUCCGACGAUUUCGUCGUUGUCGCCGUCGUCUUCGUCAUCGUCGCGGUGGAACUGGAGCUGGAGCUGGAGCUGGAACCCCUUUUCAGGACGCUCGUCGGAGGGCCCCGGAUCCCGGUCCGGCAUCCGGGACGAGGCGCUGACCCUGGGAACCGAGGACCCUUCGCCCGUCAGCAGGGAGCUCCUGGCGUUGAAGGAUAAGUACGGCGACAGGCUCGAUGUGCGCGUCGUGGUCGACCAGGAGGGCACCGCCGUCCGUGACUCGGACCUGGCCGCGUCCCUCACGUGCCGCCCGGGCGGUCCCGAGACGACGCACGCCGUCGAAGGGUGCCGGUUCCACUCGCAGACGGCGCACCUCGGCAUGAUGGACGGUGCGCCCAACGCCGGGAAGCGGGGCCUGUUCCGGCAGAGCGACUGCGCGUGCUCCUCCUCCGCGACGUCGGCGGCGCCGGGCAAGAACGUGUUCGUGGUGUCCGGGCCCGAGGGCUUCGUCGAGGUCUACGCGGGAGCCAAGGUGUGGCGGGAUGGCGGGCAGCUGCAGGGCCCUGUGGGCGGCAUUCUGGGCGCGCUGCAGAGGAAGAACCCCAACACCCUGAAGGACUGGAUCGUCCUCAAGCUGUAAG